AUGAAAUUCCGUACUCAGCAAAAGGGUUUCCAGCUAACUCUUGACUGCGGACAAAAGGAAUUUGGAAGUACCAAAUGUCUCCAGUGUCACAUGGUUUACACACCUGGGGAUAAGGAAGAUAUAAAGGCUCACAAGAAGUAUCAUCAGUUCAAAUUAUUUCCAUUUGUUCGGCUACCAAGGGGACGACAUCAACAAGUUAUUCAAGAGAAUUUAAAUGGUUCACGUGUUGUGGAACUACUGACUGAUUGUCGACUUGGACAAGGUUUCUAUGAACGGAUAUCAUCCCUUUUGAAUAAGGAAUUUGGCUAUGACCAACCUUUACGGAAGAGUAACUCUUCUUGCGUUAAUGGCUCUGGUAUGAGUUUAUGUCCCGACUGGCGUGUUUUCGUUCAUGUCAUCGAUCGGACACAACAAGUGGUAGGCUGCUGUGUUGUCGAAGAGCUAACUACAAAGAAAAUAUUAACAAAGGGUUACAAAUUAAAUCGUCUGAUCGGUGGACGGAAAGCUCUUUUAUCUUGGAGUAUUCAGAGUGCUGACCAAAACCAAACUAAUCAUAAUUCAAUUCCCUUACAUUUUGAGGACACAUUAUGUACAGACAUUAGCGGACCAAUAUGUGGUGUUCGGCGGUUAUGGGUGGAACGGGACCACCGUCGGAGGGGGAUAGCUACGAGUUUAUUGGAUGCUGUCUUACAGAACUUAGUAUAUAGUCUUCCACUUCCCCGUACACAGAUAGCUUUUGCUGAACCAACUGCAGAUGGUGCGGAUUUCGCUGUAUCUUACGUGGGCCGUGAAGAUAUUUUAAUCUAUUAG